UUGCGUUUUCUAUUUCAGGUUGUAUGGAAGAAUAUACAGAGCGGACUCGACACAGUUUCAUGGUUGACUACAUCUCCAGGAAAGAACUACAGUGCAGGUGGAGGGAUGAGCCUCUUCCCUGUGAUUGGCACAGACUUGCCGGAAGCAGCCAAUGGGGUGGAUACACAGCACUCCCCGGAAUCCUGCAGUGUGAAUGGCCCAUACACCCAUGCCCCGACUACCCCCACACAGCUCCUGAAGUUUGGGAGUAGGAUGCCCAGUCCUGGGCAGGGAUCCCUUGAUGUGACCCCUAGAGAGACAGAGAACUGUGUGGAUGGGGAGAGAGCAUGCGAUGGACAAGAAAACCCCAUAGACACUCCUCACAACACCACGUCCCAUUCAGACACACAACAACACACAGACACGCUCCCAGCACACCCCUCCCUCCCCACUACCACAUGCACAGCAGACACAGAGCCAGACCCACACGUGCCCUCCAAAGACAUGUCCCUCACUGGACCCCCCCAAACAGGUAUGCCCCUCAACAAGACUCUGUCUGGAGACUGGCAGCACACAGGCAUGCCAUCCAAAGACACAGCCCCAGAGGGGGACACUCACAGCACAGACAAAAAGCAGUCAGAGACAGAGCACACAGAGCCUUCUAGCUGCUGUGCUGCAGAAACAGAGGAGGAAAAGGAGGAGGAAGAGUGUGAAAAGGAGAGAGUGGAGCAGCAUGCAGGAAACACACAGGCUGAAGUCUCAGCUGAGUUUACAGAGGAGCCCUCGGCAGCAGCUCCGGGCCCCAGCUCUGCCCCAGCCAAGGGGGAGUCGUCAGACAGCAGCCCUUGUCCGCCCCAUGUCAUGGCCCAGGUGCGCGUGCGGAACGUCCCAGAGCGGGAGCGCAUCGUUCGGGGCAUGCAGGACAGCAAGAGCCUGGACGAGAUCAGCCAGGCGUGCGGUGGAGGGGCCCGGGGUGGGGGCCGGGGGGGCCAGCCAGAGGGCCGCAGGGCCACCAUCUCCUCUGCCCUGGAGCUGGAGGGAACAGUUAGCCACGACGGGGACCUGACCCACUACAUCUGCCGCAACCUGGAGCAGAAGAUCAAGAUGAGCUCCAAGCCCAGCUUGGACUGUGACUGUGAGUCGGACUGCUCGGGUUCCAUCAGCAGUAGAGGUCGGGGGUCGUCGUUGCGGCGGCCGGCUGACAUCCCUCCCAUCGACCCUGCUGUCUUGGUGGACUUGCAGAGACACACACAGGAAGUUGCCCACAGCGUGGAGCUAAUGAUGCGCAGCCUCAACGGAACCAUCCAGAACAUGACAGCGCUGAGUGUGGGCUACAUCCAGACCUACAGAGACUCAGUGGACAGCCUGGGGGAGUCUGUGGACAUGAGCAUAAAGGGAAUGUACACGCUGAUGGCGCGCUGUGAGGAGCUGGACCGCUCCAUGCAGCCCAUCCACACUCUGGCCGCCCAGAUCCGGGACAUCAAGCGCACCCUGGAUGCCCUGGAGGCCAUCUGCAGUGACCUUAACUGGAAUAACCUGGAGACCCCUCUAACCUGGAAACCCCUCCCACCUGGAAACCCCUCCCCCAGAGAUCCUCUUCCACUGCAGACCCUUGUCUAA